UUCUCUGACAGUGACGGAUCAGCGUUCACGGCCGUCGGCUUACCAUACAAAAAGCUUUAGUAUAACCCGCUAGCACCAUCCCGUACAGCUGCACCAAGCUACUUACUGGCCGGCGACCAAGCCAUGUACUCAUGACAGUACAGGAUCGGCCCGGCGACCGGUGGCCGGCUGUACAUCCCCCGGUCUACCUCGCAUAACUAAUGAUCCUGCGGUAUCUUCAUGCCUUCCCAUGGUUUGAUCAUGAGAUAUACAUCAGAUAUAUAAUAUAUAUAUCUGACCGAAUUUGGCAAAAUAAAAUAUGCACAAGGCAAUGGUCCGCAACCCUUAAUCAGCAUGCCAUUCCUCGAGCUCUCUCCGGCGCUCAACAAGCUCCUCGACCUUUUCACCUUCCCUAUCGCUCACCUCAUCGUGGUUCCCUUGAACAAUAUCUAUCACUCCAUCCGUUACCUUAUCUAUGGUCGACCAUUCCCCAACUGGUCUUAUCGUAUCUACAUCGCCAUCAACCGACGACGUAUUCUCGCCAACUCGUACAGCUGGCAUAGAGUGGCUGCUCGAGAUGUUGAGGAGGAUACUUUGCCUACGAUGUCUAUCAAGUAUACUGCGGAUUGCGAUUUGAAAAAGAUUGAUUGUCCUCCCUUUGUCGAGGCGGAAUACUCGCCCGAGGUGUUGGAGAAGACGAGGGGGAUCACCAUUCGAGAGGCCGUACCAAGUUUCUGGAUUCAGAAGAGGGGCGGUAAAUCGGAGCUAGACCGAGCGGCUUCUCCAGGCGAAAGAGUCAUAUUCUUCAUCGUCGGUGGAGGCUACAUGGUUGGACAUCCUCUUCGCCUUCAUACGGCUUGGUCGCUCGCCAAAAUGACCAGCGCUCGAGUUUUCUGCGUAAACUACCAUAAAUCGCUUUCCGACGCCACAGCCUUCCCUUGUUCCUUACUCGACACCUUGGCAGGCAUCCAAUACCUUGUCGAAGAAAAAAGUUUUGAAACCAAAAACAUCAUGUUAUGCGGAGACAGCGCUGGAGCAAAUGCAUGCCUCGCCCUCGCCCGAUGUCUGGGAGAGAUGGAAGAUUUGGGUUCAAAGCGGUUCGGCCAAGUCGGUUCACUCUGUCUCCAAUCCGUAUGGGGCGAUUUGACUAGCUCAUCUCCGAGUAUCAAAACCAAUCGUUACAACGACUACGUCAUCGACCCAGAAACAUCUUACAUUCCCUCCCAUACUCGCCAUUUCCCCAACAGAACCGACCCUUACUUCUCCCCCGCCCUUGCUCCCUCUGGCUCAUUCUCUCAUCUUGCUCGACACCGGGUCAAAGUCUACGUUUCAGCAGGUUCGGCAGAGAAAUUCUACGAUGAAACCCUAACGCUAUACGCGGGGAUGAAGAGAGAUAAAGUCAAUGUGCGGCUCCGCGUCUUUGAAGGUGCAGUGCACAGUGAUUUCAUCUUCUUGGACAGACCUGAUAUCCCGGGCUUGGGAUGGUCGUGGGAGAUCAUGAAGAAGGACAUCGCAGAGUUUUGGGAAGUCACGGCAUGAUGCUACAACAUAAUUUGGCCCACUGUUGUGUGUACACUGGAAAUAAGUCGGUAAAACGGCUUUGCGCCGUGUAUAUUGUUUAUGGUCAACUGACAUUUCCAGCGCCAUGUAUACUGUUCAAAUAUUGGUCAAAUGACAUUUCCAGACUCUGUAGUAUAAACUCUGCACGAGCUAUGUCUUGCUACUUCUGAAUCAAGUUCAGGGAUCGGAAAAGGAAGAAGGGAUCGCACUAUAUGCAAUGCAAGUGACUGGUCGACCACCGAUAUAGUUACUGAAACUUCAAGUUAGUUUUAGUUAUACACCACCAUAUGAUAACUUUUAGCUUAUUACAUCGCCCCCCCGCAUAAAAAAGAUCUUCAUUUUACGUCCGUUUGCUCACUUCUAUUUUUUUGUAAACUUUUGCAGCCCGCAGUUCUCGGAACUACGUAAGCACAUGUACAGUUGUCCUCGGAUCAGACCGUACGUACAUACACAAGCAUUAGUCGAACAUUUUCUAGACUCUCCAUCAUCCUCAUUAAAACGUACUACCUUCUUCGGGACUGCCGCCAUUGCCAUUAGUACGGAGGUGCUGAGGGAAUACUCAGCCUCAACAGCAGAUUGCGUUGUCAAAUGUCCAUAUGUAUUACCAUUCGGCCGAUUCUGUUGGAUAUUGGUAUUCAAUAGAACGUGACAAAUUACCAUGCCUACGAAUCCGAGAUCUCUCGAUCUUUCAAUUCGUUCAGCAACAGCGAUUAUUUAUGCAAAGAUAGCC